UUGUGAAGUGUGAAAAUGUAAUACUUAACAAUUAAGAAACAAACCCAACUCACUCAUUCACUCUCUCUUUCUUUCCUUGUCUUCUUCUCAACAAUAACAUGUCCCACUAGUAAUAAACUUCCACAUAUUUACUUUUCUCAUCUUAUGUAACGUAAUAACAAUCCAAUAAAAUAAAGAAAUAAAUAAAACUAACCAUUUUAUCAACACCAUCAUCAUCACUCUCACACAAGAAGAAACAGAGAAAACAAGAAUUCUCUCAAAUCAAAUCCAAUGAGCAAUUACCCUCCGCCAGGGUUUGGAUCUGCUUACCCUCCACCGCCACCUCAACCACACGAAGGCUACCCUCCGCCGGGAUACCCUGGAGGCUACCCUCCCCCACCACCUCCACCUCAUCAUCGUCCGCCGUACGAUUCCUACCAGGGCUAUUUCGAUAACGGAUAUCCACCGCCGCCUCCUCCUCCGCCUCAAUACAACUACCAGCAUGUUGAUCAUUGCCAUCAUCAUGGUGAUCCCGGUUGUUGUUCUUUCUUCAGAGGCUGCUUGGCGGCGCUUUGUUGCUGCUGCGUGCUAGAAGAGUGUUGUUGCUUUUUCUGAUAAUCACGCCAAAAUAGAAAGUUGUUUAUGUCUAUGUAGUAAUGUUGUUGCUCCAAUUCUUGAUAUAUAGUGUGAGAUAUGGUAAGAGUUUCAUAUUUUGUUACAUCGUGUUCUUGUUCUUCUUAUGCCACAUACAAAUCCUGGUUUGUACACAAGUUAUGUCAUGUGGUAUUUGUGAAUUUAUUUGUAAUAAAACUAUAUUGAAAAUUGUAAACCAUUUCUUAUAUCGUUUAACAGAUAAUGAUAUGGAUAAAAUAAUGUUAUGUA